ACCAGUAAAAGCUUGGCGCAUCACCGCCAUAUUGAAAAAAUUAGUAGAAAAUGUCUCUUUCAAAUUCAGACGUUGAAGAUACAGAAACACAUGGAUUGAGCACUAUUAUCUUGCAUCAACCUGCUGAAAAUGUAGCGAUUUUACCUGAUAACUCAACAACGGAUUCGAAUUUGCAAAAUAGUGGCAUUGUAAUAUUGCCGUUACCUGACGGAUUGACUUCUGAGUCUGCCCAACUAUGGUCCACCGAAUCGCUAUCUGAAAGUCCUAUUCCCCAAAAUUCUGUUAUACCGCAACAACUAUAUGAAAAAAAUAACGUUUAUUCAUAUAAUAAUAAAUUAUACGCCGUGAUCGAUGGCGAAUUUCAACCGAUUGAAUUACAAAGCUCGGAUAUAUGCAGUGCGCUUGAUGAGAAUGCCACUAUAACAAUUCAAAAUAUAGAAGAUGAUGAAACUUUGAAAAGAAAGCGACCGGAGGAGAUAAUAGAACCUCCUAUUGGUAAAGGACCAUACAAAUGUUUAGUAUGUGAGAAAAUAUUCGAUAAAUAUCCACUUCUGAUCCGCCACAAGAAAACUCAUGCGAACGAGAAGCCUCAUUGUUGCGAUCACUGUAAUGCAUCAUUUAAUCAUGAAGAGAAUUUGAAAAUUCAUAUGUCAAUUCACACAAAAAGUGAUAGACCAACAUGUUCUCAGUGUGGGAAAUCAUUUAAGCGUCUAGCAUCACUAAAGGCUCAUAUACACUAUCACCUUCAAGAUGAAACACUAAUGUGCACUGAAUGUGGGGAUGAAUUUAGCUCUUUAUACAAUCUAGAUAAACACAUGAAUGAGCAUACGCUAGUGCAAGUUCAACGUGAAAAAAGGACUUUAACUUGUAAAUAUCCCCAAUGCAAAGAAACUUUCGACAGAGCAUCAAGCUUACGUGAGCAUCAGAAACAACAUCAAAUAAUUACUGCCUCAAUGGCAAGGAAACAAAUUCAUAAAAAGGUUAUUGAUAGAACCCACUUUUCACAUGCGUGUGUUCAUUGCGAGAAAAGAUUUCAGAAGCCUUCUCAACUGGAAAGACAUACGAGAAUUCAUACAGGAGAAAGGCCUUACAAGUGUAAGAUGUGCAGUAAGGCUUUUAAUCAAAGUGGCGCUUUAAAAUUACAUAUGCCAAAACAUACUAAAGAAAGACCUCACAAGUGUGAUUUAUGUUUAAUGACCUUCAGUCAAAGAGGAAAUUUACGUGCACAUAUAGCGCGAUUACACUCCAUUAAUCCUGGUGAAGAAAAUAAACGAUUCAAAUGCGACUAUUGUCCGUGCAUGUUUAGAAAAUUGGGUUCUAUGAAUUCGCAUGUAAGCAGAUUUCAUCCUAAAGCUGAAGCAGGACUAAAUAUCGAAUCUUAUAAAUAUCCUCCAACAUCAGAAGCUAAUCCAAACGAUUCAACAAGCCAAAAUCUCGAUGUACAAGGAAGUGAUCCAGGAGGAGGUUCCGGGGAUAUUUUAAGUAGAGCCAUGGAAAAUAGCGGUGUUGAGGAAGAAAGAAUUAUGUCCCAGAAUGUUCAUGAGGAAUUACCUGAAUUAACAGACAGUGUAUCUGGUGGAACACGGCAAUAUCAAUUGAAAAUUUGCGUUCGAUCUGGUGUAAAGUGGCAUCAGUGUGACUACUGUUCAAAAGAAUUUCGGAAGCCUUCCGACCUUAUUCGACACAUUAGGGUGCAUACUCACGAAAGACCAUAUGCAUGCAAUCAGUGUAACAAGAGAUUUGCUAUCAAAUCCACACUUACAAAUCAUAAAAAGACUCAUUUGGGUAUUAAAGAAUAUUCUUGUGCUGUUUGCUCAAAACACUUCGCAUCGCUAGCUAGUCUAAAGGUUCAUCAGAGGCUUCACACUGGAUCUAAACCUUUUGUAUGCACGCAAUGUGAUAAAAGAUUUCGUACAGCUGGCCAUAAGAAUGCUCAUAUCCAAACUCACUCGAGAAAAAAUUCAUCCUCAGCCGGAGUAUUUCGAAGAAAAGUUAAUGCUAUUAGUGGCCAAUCAAACAAUUUUAUUGAAUCUCUGCCUGAAGUACAAUUAUCCCAACCGCUCAGAAAGUUACCAAAUGGAACAUUGUUAGAACAAGCUCCAAGAAAAGCAAAAUUCUUGGGAGAUCAAAUUGAUCCUGAUAGACCCCACAAAUGUGACUAUUGCUUGCGUGGAUUUAAGAAGUCAUCACAUUUGAAGCAACAUAUUAGACGCCACACUGGGGAACGUCCAUAUAAUUGCAUUAAAUGUCUUCGCAGUUUCUCCAGCGCUAGCGUAUUAAAACAACACAUCAGAACACAUACCGGUCAAAAAUCUUAUAAAUGCGAAGAUUGCGAAAGCAAUUUUUCAACCAAAGGCUCUCUAAUGAGACACAAGACGACUCAUAGUGAAGAGAGGCCAUACGUUUGUCCUUAUUGUCAUAAGACUUUCAAAACAACGAUGAAUUGUAAGAAGCAUAUAAAUACGCAUAAGUACGAAUUAAAGAUGCAAGUUUUCGAAGACAAUCGCGAUUUAGGACUCAUUGCCAACGACCAGUCAAAUGUUGCUGUUGAGCAGGACCCUUCCGGUUGUUUGCGAGAAACCACCACUGUUGUUUCAGAAGCAAGUAAUCAAGUUUUUACUCAAUCAGUACAACCAAGUAAUAUUGUGCAAGAAGAGCAAACCCUACCUGAAGUAACGUUUCAAGAGCAAGUUAAUACUGGUAUCAAUUACACAAGUAACGUUGAAUUAAAUUCGGAUUUCGUUCCAACGAAUGCCAUCGCCGAUUCCAUUGAUCCUCAACUAUAUGCAUUAAAUCAAAUAGACACCAGUAAUGCUUCUAUUCUGACUCAAGUGCUGAAUGCAGCUGGCGUGACUGGUGUUACUGGAGUAACCGUAGUUUCUGAAGACGAAUCACAUGCUGUUGGUACCGAUUAUACUAUUGCUUCAGGUAUUGAGACUCAACAUGUGGAGAGUUUUGGACCAUUGAAAUAUGUAUUUUCUGAUCCGAAUCGUCUCUUUUUCAAAUGUGCUCUCUGUUCAAAAUUAGCGCCAGAUCAAUUAGAAUACGACAGACAUAUGAGGGAAGCUCAUCCUCAAACAGAUCCGGCUACAGCACCGGCAUUGAUAGAUACUCAAUUGGAAAAUGUAAUAGACUCAGUAAGAACUGUGUCAGCCGGAAGAGGCCGAAAUAACACGCAAGUUAUUAAAUUAAGCGAUGAACAGGCUGAAAAGCUUUCGAAAACAGAGCCUAAUGAAAAAAUGAGUUUAUCUGAAAAGCUAUUAAUUGAAAGUGCCAGAGAACGAUCCAGUUUAAGUUAUGAUCAACAAGUGAAAUCUACCAGAAUACUUGAUAUGAUUGAAACAAAUGUGACGGAAACUCCUACGAUAUCUUCCAAUUCUUCUAGCCAAGGUGCUAGUAUCAGCAAUGGGGAAAGUGCUCCCUUGUCUCCCACAGCUACUGCAUUGGUGCCAACUUCUCAUCAAAGCUGUUCUAAUACCGUUACAUUGUCUGUUCAGGUGGAAAAUUUAAAUGAAGAGAAGCAAAGUAAACAACGAAGAGCCGGAAAAUCAACUGUCGGGCACAAUAAAUGCGAAUUUUGUAAUAAAGUAUUUAAAAAGCCUUCAGAUUUGGCUCGACAUGUGCGUACUCAUACUGGAGAGAAACCUUUUGCUUGCCCUACUUGCCAUAGAACGUUUACAGUUAAAUCAACUUUAGAUACUCACUUAAAGAUACAUCAAGGGAAACAAACAAAAGAAUAUUCUUGUCAUAUGUGCAACACUUCAUUCGCAAGCAAAGGUUCGCUUAAAGUGCAUAUGCGUCUUCAUACAGGAAGCCGACCGUUUAAAUGUGCUCAUUGUUCGCAAACCUUCAGAACAUCAGGGCACAGAAAAUCCCAUCAACAGAAUCAUUUGAAGGGAGAUUCUCCAACAAAAUCAAGGAAACGAACGAAUAGGGGUGGGUUAAUCAGCGAUUAUGAACGUCGGGACAGAGCCGCAAAGCAAUUACAAGACAGUAAUCAGCAACCACAUAUAUUUGACAUGAACGAUGGUCUUCGACCCAGCGGUGUAAUUGCCUUGUUGGAAUCUGAAAAUGACCUUCCUAAUAGUCAAUUACAAAUUAAUCCCGCAGACUUCCAAAUGCUUGUUGAGCAUGCGGGUAAUAUGAUGGAUUUACCGGUAGAUCCAAAUUCCGAUAUGGCUGAGCAGGACUCAUCACAGUGUGCUAGAUCGCAUCCUACAUCUGUCGUAAUUGACACAUCCGAAAUAGAACGUUACGGAGUGUCAGUAACAGAUAUUCAACAAGAUGGGACGGGACAUCCAAUAUUUCUUUUUUCAGCAGUUGAUAAUCGAUCUAAGGAUGACGAAAAUGCCGUAACGCCCAUAGUUGUACAAACCGCACCUAGUAUGAAAACUGAGAGAGCUCAUAAAUGUAAAUUUUGUGGAAAAGCUUUUAAAAGAGCCUACCAUUUAUCAGAGCAUCUGAGAGAUGUUCACGGCGAAGGUGAACAAAAACCGAGACCGACUCCUCACAAAUGCCAACAUUGUACGAAAUCAUUUCAAAAACCUUCUCAACUGCAGCGUCAUAUUAGAAUUCAUACUGGUGAACGACCAUUUCAGUGUGAUUUGUGUGACAAAGCAUUCAAUCAGAAAAACGCUUUGAAUAUGCAUCUAAAGAAACACUCAGGCGACAAGCAACAUCAUUGCCCUCAUUGCAAUCAGGGCUUCGUUCAGAAAGGAAAUUUGAAAACUCAUAUGAGGCGUGCUCACUCUCAAAAGGUGACUGACCAGAAUUCACAACUGCCCUUUGAUUCUCACUUGGGUCUCGAAGACGAACCCUUAUCGGGUGACGUACCGAAAUUACUGUUUGACUGA